AUGGCGCCACAAGCUGUCACCACACGACAAUCCUCAUCCUCGGGGCUUCGAACAUUGUCCCUAGCUUCCGGAUCAGCGCUACCAUCCAGUCUAGCCACCGCCGUUAGUGUCGAGCCACAGCACGGCUUGACACCCCUAGCAAGGACACUGUUCAUUCUGUUCGGUGUACUGGGCUUCGUUACGAUCCUUCUCGCCAUCGGUGUAAUCUUGAUAAUGCGAUCGAACAGAAGGCGCGCACAAGCAGCCCGACAACAAGCCGCUGGAAGCCCCGUCAAAGACAUCGAAGAAUACGAUGGCUACGGCAACAUAACCCGCGUGUCCGCCAACAGCUCAAUCAAAAACUUCCUAACCGAACCCGAAAAAGCCAUUGUGAACCGCGCCGCUACGCCAGACGGAGAACCCGAUACCCAAUACAACGACGCUAACGGUCUUCUUCAGGCAAGCACAAGACCCUCCAACGCCCUAACCGAAGCCAUCAACUCCUUCAUAACCAAAUCGCGUCGCCUGACAUACAAAAUAUCGCCCUGA